CAUUGAGAAAUCAAAUUGUUUCGUUCUUAUCAAUUUCCUUCGAAAUUCCCAGUCUUGCUUUUGAUUAUUCUAAAUACUUGAUCAUUUAAACAUAACCUUUAAGUUUUUUCGGGAGAAUGGCGAAAAACAGAUCUGAAAUAGAAGCUGCAAAACAGCAACUCAUACUAGAUAACCCCUGUCACGAGGAGUCGGAAGGCUCCCGACGUUGUCUAGAGAAAAAUAAUUACAAUUAUGACGCCUGCACUCUUUACUUCGACAAUUUUAAAGCGUGUAAAAAAUUUUGGAAUGAGGUGAAGUGGUCAAGAAAGCGUCAAGGAAUAACUCCACCGCUCCCACUACCUGAUGAUCGAAAGAAAAUAAAGGCCGAGUACAUGGAGAAAAUGCGCAGAUAGUCUUGUAAUUGGUAGUAAUAAAUAUGAUAUAAUUGUUAUAAUUUUGAAA